CAGUCCAGGCAGAUACAAGUGUAGAAGAUUCAUCGCAAUUAUGUAUUAUCCCACGUCCAUCAGUUAAAGAAGACAGAGCUAAGAGUAAAGAUGAAGAUUUCUCACAGCUAUACUCAGAACAUGAUUACAGCAGACAAAUAUCUUCAGGUCAUUUCAAUAUACCUAUUGAAUUACAAAAACCUACCAAAAAUAUUAACAAUGAACAUGGAUAUACUAGACCAAGAACAAAUGGAAAAGCUGUGUGCAAAGAAUUGUUUCCUGUACCAAUUAACAGAGAUGCACCAGACCUGAGUAUAAAACCUAUAAACAGUAAUAAGAACUUUUUAAAGGUAAUCAGUAAUGAAUGCAUGCAUGUUUCCACCAAGCGUCAAGGUGAACAGAGUGUUUUAAUGAGGAAAAAAUCCAUGGAAUCCCUUGCAGAUGAAAAUACUGAUAUGACAAGAGAAAUUUUGAAAGAAAUGAAAGACAGAACCCCAUCACUGUUGGAAAUGUUGGAAGCAACUUUUGUAAAAGAGCACAAUGACACUGCUGAUGAGAAAAUAAAGGAGGCAAUAGCAUUAGUUUAUGGAGUGAUUAUGUUUACCAGAAAUCCAGAAUUAAGUGCUUAUCAGAGAUUGAUAACAGCCUUAUGUAUUAGGGGACGUGCUGAGGAUAUGCUUUUAAGUCGACUGAACAAGAUCGGGCUUACAUUGUCAACUGCAAGUAAGCAGAGGUUGAUAGCAGAGUGUGGAAAAAACUCCAACAAAAAAUUGAUAGAUUAUUUAGAGGGAAGUCCAUUGCUAAAAAUAACUGGAGACAACUUGGACAUAUUUAUAAAGCCAAGUUGUCAAUCUACAGAAAAAAGCAAUUAUGAUCUCCACUUAUUUGCUUCCAAUGCAAUAUCAUGUAGAGCCGCUACCCCAGACCUGAAUAUGUCAGCACCAAAAGAUGUAGGGCCACUUAACAGUGAUAUAGUGAGAUUAACAGAUACAGAGAAGGAUCACAUUAGAAAUUCGUAUAUUGUUCUGAUAUCAAGGAUUCUUAGCUCAAUGGGACCAUUCAAAUGGAUGGAGUCCAUUAUUCCAAAACAUAUUCACCACCCUCACAAAGCAGCAAUGGCAGAGAAAAGUCAAGUUUUUCAGCUCCCCCUUCAGCAUAAAAAUGAAGCAAAAUAUGAAGAUGUGCUGUCAAUUAUGGAUGACUAUGAGAAACAUUUGCAAAAGGCAUUUAGAGAGGCUCAUGGAGAUAUCCAAAUGUUGGAGAAAUAUAGGGUAAUAACAGGAGGAGAUCAAUUGACCAAAGUGAGGUUUGCAGGAGCUAUCAAUCUUAGACUGAUGUCUCCUACUUCAACAGGAAGAUUAGAGCAUGUCCAACCAGUUGUAUGUGAACUGUGGCAUUUAAAACAGGAUUAUCUUGAGAAAUGUUACAAAGCUUUGUAUAGAAAAGAGAGUAUGAUGGAAGAAGGCACAAUGUCAUACUUUAGAAAUGUAUUGAAAAAAAACGAUGUCAAUGGGAAGGUCAAAGGCCAUUUCAAGACUCAUAGUGAGUUCUUCAAGAUACUUACAGAGUCCCUUAUCAGAGAACAGGCUCUUGAACUGUUCAACAUGAGGGAGACAUCAGAUGAUACAUUUCCCGCUGGUAUAGACAAGGCAUGCCGAGCCACAAAAGAGGUUGCCAUGCGUAAUAUUGGCAACUCGCUACUCGACAUGCUGGGUUUCCUACAAGCGGGAAUGAAUACAGACGAUGAGAAGUUCAACUACUGUAGUAAUCUUUGUCUGCGAGGAUUGCAUUAUUUGCAAUUGGAGGAUACUGCCAAGGAAGGCAAUUUGACCAUGGUCUCACCCAAUUUGAAGGUUUGCAUACCUAUAUUUUAUCAGCAUUCCUGUCUAUCUAAAUACAUGGUGGAGUGUAUUGACUACCUAAUGAAGGUGAAUCAUUACAUGUCUCCUUUAGACAGCCUAAGGAUUCUGGAGGGAAGUUUUGUUAAUUUAAGAGGUGGUGUUGGGAACAAUGUAGAAGCUGACUUGGUACAGGAACACUCUGUGAGGAAUCAGAAGGAUCUGAUAAGGGGGCUAGGUGCUAACAAAACUGAAAAUGCCAUAUCAACAGUAACAGCAGCUGCUCCUAUCAUAACCUCCAUAUGCAGAAAUUUUGAUAACCAGCAUGAUAUCAUCAAAAAAGGUAAUAGGCAUACCAAACACAUAUCAGAAGAAGACGUCAAUAUCUUGAAAAAAUCGUUGAGAAAGUUAAGGCCAUUCAAAGUAACUGCAGGUCGGAAGUGCAGGAGUUUUAAUAACAUUACAAACAGUCCAGCUGGGAGAGUUGAUGUCAACAAGAUGGAAAUAGAUAUCAAUAGAAUAGUAGAGAGAUUAGGUAGAGGGUUGGCCCAGAAUGAUGAUAGUGAGGAGGAUGAUGAUGAUGAUGAUGAUGAUGAUGAAGACACUGAUUCUGAUUUACCAGAUAUUCCCUGAAUUUGCCUUUUUGAAGUCAGUUGUGAGGACAGAAUGUGGAGAUUUUCAGUAUCAACGUUGUUAUAAGAAAUUAGCUGAUUCAGCAUGCAGGUUAUAAAGGUUCAAGAUUCUUUUUGUAUCUUAUAAUUAAUGUAAUUUUAUUAUUUGUAAUAUUCAGUACAUUAAGGAUGUAAUUAGGAGAAAUUAAAUGAAGCAGGAAUUUAAUAUUGAUACUAUAAGUUGGAAGAACAUAUUAGGUUAAAGAUAAAAUAAGCUAAAAUAUUGAUAGUCAUUGAGGUUAUUUUUAAAAUAUUAAAAUAAAUUGCCUAAGAGAGAAUGGUUCAAUGACAAUUCAGAAUUAAAGAAAGGAUGCAUUUUAUCACCUCUUUUGUUCAUUAUUUUUAUCAAUGAUCUUAUUGAUGAGGUCUAGAGGUUAAAUGUUGGCAUAAAACUUGAUGAUGAUAUUGUUUAUGUAAUUGUAUAUGCAGAUGACAUUGUAUUUAUCUGUGAUAAUGAAAAAGAUUUACAAAAAAUAUUAGCCAUUUUAGGUCAGUGGUAUAACACUAAUGAUCUUGUUGUAUAUUUAAGUAAAGCAUGUCAAAAAUUGUUCAUUUUAGACCCCAGUCAGUACAGAGAUCUAGGUUUCCAUUUAUGUUAAAUGAUUAUAGCAUAGAUAUUGUAGGAAAUUAUAUAUAUCUGGGACUAGUGUUGAAUGAAUAUUUGAAUUAUAUGGAUACACAAAACUUUUUGAUACACUGGUUAUGUCAGUUAUCGAUUAUGGUGCCUCAAUAUGGUGAGCUAGGGAAUUAACAGGUAUAAAUGCAAUUAAAAAUAGAGCCAUGCAUUUUUUUAUGGGUGUCGAAAAUUAUACCCAAAAUAUAACUUUAUAUGGAGAUACGGGCUGGAUGCCAUAUAUAAUUAAACAAUGGUCAUGUAUUUUUAGGAAUUGAACAAGAUUUUUGAAAAUGAAUUAUACCUGACUUACUAAAAAAGUGUUUUUAUGGGCAAAUACAAUUUGUAAUAGUGAAAUCAAAAACAGAGAACUUGAUAUUGAAAAUGUUUGUAAUAUAAACUGUACUUUUAGUAAAAAUUAUAUUAAGAAUAUUGAGAGUAGUGUAUUUGAAUUGUACAAGAGAAAAUGGUCACUGUAAACCGUGUACCUAUAGAUGAUUCAAACAAGAAUAUAAUAAAGACCAUUAUCUAAGUGUUAUUAUGCCCUGAUAUAAAAGUGCCUUUGCUAAAUUUCGAUGUGGUGUGCUGCCGAUUAGAAUUGAAACAGGCAGAUAUGAAGGGGUUUUAUGUGAAAGUAGACUUUGUUUUAAUGAUUCCUCUAAGAAACAGAAACUCAUUGAAGAUGAGAAACAUGUUUUACUCAAGUGCCCCUUUAUAUAUUCACAUGAAAGAAAAAAGUUUUUAACGGAGCAGUUUCUAUUAAUAGUGAUUUUUAGACUUAAAUGAUAAUUAAAAACUCAUAUUCUUAUUUACAAAUUAAAAUUUGUGCUUUCAUUGUGCCAAAAUCUGCCAUGAUAUUUUAAUUCAAAGGAAACAUGUUUCAUAUAGAUGAUAAAAAAUGUUUUGUAUUUUUAUCGAUUUGUCUAUUUUUAUGUCUCUCACAACUCUUUUGAGAGUGGCUCUGGAAUGUUUUCAAGAUUGUUUUGUACUUUUAAUUUAAAAUUUGUUGUAUAUAUUGUAUUCAUGUUUGUAUUGUACAUGUAUAGAGGUGGAACUACAAUAAUUUAUUUGAUUUAUAUAAAUCUUUUAAUGUAUAUAAUAUAUGUAAACUUCAUAAAAUACUUUAAUGGAUGACUCUUAUCACAAAGCUAGAGGUAACUUAUGUUAAGCAGAUAUAUUCAAAAUGUUUUUACCAGAAAACGCUGGGGAAAAAAAACAACAUUUGUCGUCCAUUAGAUGGAAGUGAUAAUCUUGAGUGAGUAGGUUAAUUAUGUAUCAGUUUAAUAAUUUAUAAUUUGACUUGAUAUAAUAUUUUUUAUCAGAAAUCACUAUAAAGUUUGCCUUAUAACAUGUAUAAUAUUUGUUCAGUUAAACAUGUAAUUCAACAACUGUAUUUACAAGUAAGCAGUCAUCACACUUACAAUCUUUUUCACAAAUAUUACAACACGAACAACCAUGUGGGCUGUUCAUAGAUUUACUAAACGAAAAGAUGUUCA